CGCCGAGGAGGACCCAUGGCCCCGGGGCUGGCGAGCGCGCGCCGCGCGUUCCCGCGGUGGCCGCCCCUGGCGCUGGCGCUGGCGCUGGCGCUGCUGCUAUGGCCGCCCGGGAGCUCGGCCCGCCGCGCCGCGCGCUUCGACCCCACUUGGGAGUCGCUGGACGCGCGGCCGCUGCCCGCCUGGUUCGACCAGGCCAAGGUCGGGAUCUUCAUCCACUGGGGCGUGUUCUCCGUGCCCGCCUUCGGCAGCGAGUGGUUCUGGUGGUACUGGCAAAAGGAAAAACGACCACAGUUUGUAAACUUUAUGAAUGAUAAUUACUCCCCUGGUUUUAAUUAUGAAGAUUUUGGGCCACAGUUUACAGCCAAGUUUUUUAAUGCCAAUCAGUGGGCAGAAAUUCUUCAGGCCUCGGGGGCCAAAUACGUUGUCUUAACUUCCAAGCAUCAUGAAGGUUUUACCCUUUGGGGUUCAGAGAAUUCCUGGAACUGGAAUGCUGUGGAUGUGGGGCCGAAGAGGGACAUUGUCAGAGAACUUGAGAUGGCCAUUAGGAAAAGAACUGACUUGCGCUUUGGACUCUACUAUUCGCUUUUUGAGUGGUUUCAUCCGUACUUCCUUCAGGAUGAAUCCACUUUCUUCUCUACGCGACAGUUUCCAUUUUCAAAGGCAUUGCCUGAGCUCUAUGAGCUAGUGAACAGGUAUCAGCCAGAUGUUCUGUGGUCAGAUGGAGAUGGAGGAGCAACGGACCAAUACUGGAACAGCACGGGCUUCCUUGCGUGGCUGUAUAAUGACAGCCCAGUUCGGGAUACUGUGGUCACCAAUGACCGCUGGGGAGCGGGCUGCAUGUGCAAGCAUGGCGGUUACUACACCUGCAGCGAUCGAUAUAACCCAGGACAUCUUUUGCCACAUAAGUGGGAAAACUGCAUGACAAUAGACAAGUCGUCUUGGGGCUACAGGAAGGAAGCUUGGAUUGGAGACUAUCUAACGAUUGAAGAAUUGGUGAAGCAACUAGUGGAGACAGUUGCUUGUGGAGGAAAUCUUCUGAUGAACAUUGGCCCCACAUCAGAUGGCAUCAUUUCUGUCAUUUUUGAGGAGAGACUGAGGCAAAUGGGGAGCUGGCUGAAAGUCAAUGGGAAAGCCAUUUAUGAAACCAGCCCUUGGCGAUCUCAGAACGACACUCUUACCCCAGAGGUGUGGUACACAGCUAACUCUAAGGAAAAGUCAGUCUAUGCCAUUUUCCUUAGAUGGCCCACCUCUGGACAGCUGUUCCUUGGCCAACCCAAAGCUAGUGUGGGGGCAACAAAGGUGAAUCUACUGGGCCAUGGACAACCACUUAACUGGACUUUGGCCAAGCCAAGUGGCAUUAUGGUAGAGUUGCCGCAGCUGAGCAUUGACGAGAUGCCCUGUGAAUGGGGCUGGGCACUUGCACUGACAAACGUAACCUAACAUGUACCAGAGGCCCAUACUGGUUAACUUGAGCUCUAAGGACGCCAUGUGUUUACUGUGAUAGCACAUGGAGAAAGCAAAUGUACCACUGACCAAGAAAAGCCAAAUAAUUAGGCAGUGCAGCCCUUUUUUUCCUUCUCCCUAAGUUCUUCACUAAAUCACACAUGGCAACCAUUUUAGCUUUCCUCUGAAUUUUUCCAUAAAGUCUCUUAACAUUG